AACUGCAAGACGCCGAUAUUGCGUUACAUUGAGCAAAAUGGCGGCUGUCAUUCAGAAUCCACUAAAAGCGUUGGGUGACCAGUUCUAUAAGGACGCCAUUGAGCAGUGCCGCAGCUACAAUGCCCGUCUGUGUGCCGAGCGCAGCGUCCGCUUGCCAUUCCUGGAUUCUCAAACCGGCGUCGCCCAAAACAACUGCUACAUCUGGAUGGAGCGCCACCACCGCAGUCCCGGUGUUGCAGCUGGACAGAUGUACACAUACCCCGCCCGCUGCUGGAGAAAGAAGAGACGGCUACACAACGCCACAGAUCCUCGCCUCGGCAUCUACGGCCUCCAGCUCGACGGCACUCUCGUGUCCAAGGAGGCGUUGCCCACCCAGAGCACUACACUGGAGGCUCUGCUAAGAGGAGAAGGUCUACACAAGAGGAACAACUCUAAGAAUGACGAGGAGAGUCUGCUGGAGAUCCAGAGGGUUCUGGAGGCAGAUGCAGCAGAGGAUGCUUUCGAGGACGACGAUUACGAGGUGGACACUCCCAAGAGGAGACAUCGGGGCAAGGGAAGAGGUCGGGGUAUUGGCCGCAGGAGGACGGAUCUGGAUGAUGAUAAGCCAUAUGUCUGCGACAGCAGAUACAAGCAAAAGCAAAACUCAAAGUCUUCAACCUCAGGCUGCGCAAAGCGCUACAGAAACCGCACAGGACUAAGUUAUCACUACACCCAUUCCCAUCUGGCGGAGGAGGACAGAGCCGGGGAGAGAAGCACGGUGGCCUCCCGCUCCCCCAGCGCACCACAGGCUGACAGACACAAACGCACAAAGGGUCCAGGUGGGAGCAGCAUUCCCAACAGUUACUGUAAUAAAUGCCAGGUCUCAAACAAGAAAACUGUUAAGUCUGGGCCUCCCUACUCAGCCUGCCGAUGCACAAACAACCGUGGAGAGGAGAAAGAAGACGGCGUGUUUACUGGAGCCGAGGAGCUCUUCGGCACCACCUCAGAGAGCGACACUUCCACUUUUCACGGCUUUGAAGAAGAUGAGCUGGAAGAGCCGGCCAGAAACGGCAACGGCAUAUCCAACCGUCACAGAUAGAGAUAAUCUUCUAGAUUUAAACUGACUUUAAAAAGAAAAAAAAAAGAAAAUAUAUAUAUCUAUAUAUAUGUAGAUAUAUAUAUAGAUAUAUAUAUAUAUAUAUAUGGAUUAACCUCUGGCAAAAAUCUGCUGCUUCUUUUCCAAUGUUUUGUUUGCGGCAAGCACAAAGUGACGACUUCAGGACGGAAAUGCAAGCGGUAUUUUAUCUACUGAACGUUGUUGAAUAAUUUAUGAACACUUUUCUUUUUUUUUUUUUU